UGAAAUGAGAUCACCAGCGAUGGCAGUGGUGAAUAUGCAAUUUCCUUCAAGGAGAAUAGAUUCGAAGGAAGUCAUUAAUGGACGAACUCAGCUAAGAUGUAAAGAUCAAAUGGAAGGAGCACAGGAAAAGUUCUGCGAACGCAUGGACCACUAUUUGGCACAGCCAGAGAAGAAUAUGAUUUUCACAGAGGAUUUGAAAUCCAUGAUACACUUGGCAGAAACAGAUAAAGAUGUGGACUUAGUCAUGAGAAUGAUGAAGCAGUUUAAUUCUCAAAAUAAAGAGAUGAGGUUCGGAUCAUUUACGUUUGGUCCGGUGGUGAUGCGCAUGUUUCUGCUUACUCAAGAAACACUUGAGGCCCUUGAGGCAAUGAAAUCACCUGAACUUGAAGGCUUCUUUGACCAGGUGUCCUCGUUCUUCAUACUCAUGGACCUGCUCUAUAAGCACGAGCUUUACCAGGAAGUGCUCGACACUUACCAGCUGCUACGCGGGCGUGAGCUGGAACGCGCACGCUACCCGCGCGACUGCAUCAUCCUCUGCUCGCCGCCUGCUACCGCAUGGACACGCCCGCUGCGUAGACGACCCGCGCUCGAGUCCUCUUCACGCUGGCGCGAGGUCAACUACAUCACGACGCGCAACCUGAAGCUGAUAGCGCUCGCCGACCUGGACCGCGUCGACGAGGCGCUGCCGGCGCUAGCGGAGGGCGACCACGUCGCGAAAGUGGACAUUGCCGAGAUCGUGACGACGCCGAUACUCGAGCGGAGGCCGCCGCCGCAGCAGCGUCAGGAUUAUCAGCCGAGUGGCGCGUACAACCAGCGCUACCGCUCGCAGGCGGUGGGCAGGGUUACUAUGAUCGCCAGCAGCAUGACCCGUCCGGGCCUGUCCGAUCGAUACGACACAUAA